CAUGGUUGGUGCCUGAUCGUUCCUGAUUGGCUGUUCAGUACGUAAACAGGUCCGAUGUGACAAAAUCAAACCGGCUGAUUCACAAAUUCAAUAGCUUCAGUAGACUUUGCGAUUUGUGUGAACAGGUUGUUUUGCUUGUUUGGAGGAUCAAAGAGUAAACCAAGAAAGCAAAGCUUGCGACUGACAUGUUAGUUGUUUGCUUGACGUACCCAUCUACGGAGAAGUUUGGGGAAGUACGUUCUUGCGAAACGUAGCUGCACAUUUAACGGACUACAUGGCCUUACAGCCCAGAAGAAGGUAGUGAUUUUCUGGUUUGAAACCCGUUUUCUUGGAUCGAAAUGCACAAUAUCUCAACUCCAGUCUCAGAGGUCAUCUUUCAGAUGUGUAACAUGAUAACGUUGGAGAAGAACGUCAGAAAUGAAGUUUCCACAGGUGGAGUUUAGAAGAAGAAUGAGUGGAGACAUUACAUCAUUGAAUCAAAAUGUAUGGGAUUGUGAUCCAGACUUAUUUGAACUCAUCCAGAAAGAGAAGAAACGACAGUUGCAUGGGCUGGAAAUGAUUGCUUCAGAGAACUUUACAUCACUUCCUGUUCUACAAUGCCUAAGUUCAUGUCUACAUAACAAAUAUUCAGAAGGGCUUCCAGGACAGAGAUAUUAUGGUGGUAAUGAAUACAUUGAUGAAAUUGAAAUAUUAUGUCAGAAGAGGGCACUUGAAGCUUUCCGACUUGACCCAGCAGAGUGGGGUGUCAAUGUUCAACCAUAUUCUGGUUCUCCAGCAAACCUUGCUGUAUAUACUGCUGUUGUAGAGCCUCAUGGGAGAAUCAUGGGUCUUGAUCUUCCUGAUGGUGGUCACCUCUCUCAUGGCUUUAUGACGGCCACUAAGAAGAUCUCUGCAAGUUCGAUCUUCUUCGAGUCGAUGCCUUAUAAGGUUGAUCCCAAUACAGGCCUUAUUAACUAUGAUAGCCUAGCAGAAACUGCAAAGCUGUUCAAACCCAAACUGAUAAUUGCUGGUAUCAGUUGUUAUUCUCGAUGCUUGGAUUAUGAGCGUUUCCGUAAGAUAGCAGCUGAGAAUGGCGCUUAUCUCUUUUCUGAUAUGGCACAUAUUUCUGGUCUUGUGGCUGCUGGAGUUAUUCCCAGCCCAUUUGAAUACAGUGACAUUGUGAGCACCACCACACACAAGACGCUUCGUGGACCUCGUGGUGGCGUUAUAUUCUUCAGGAAGGGUGUGAGGUCUGUGAAUAAGGCAGGAGAGAAAGUUAUGUAUGAUUUGGAGAGUAAGAUCAACCAAGCUGUAUUUCCUGGCCUGCAGGGUGGACCACACAAUAAUACCAUUGCAGGUAUUGCCACAGCCUUCCUGCAAGCGAAGACUCCAGAGUUCCGCAAUUACCAGGAGCAGGUUGUUGCAAAUGCACGACAACUCUGUGUUGGUCUGCAAAAGUAUGGAUACAAAGUUGUAACUGGUGGAACAGAUGUGCAUCUUCUGUUGGUAGAUUUGAGGUCAGCUGGUAUAACAGGUGCACGAGCAGAGAAGAUUCUAGAGGAGAUUUCUAUUGCCUGUAAUAAGAACACAGUUCCAGGAGAUAAGAGUGCAUUGAAUCCAAGUGGGAUCCGCCUGGGUACACCAGCCCUCACAACUAGAGGAUUUAAGGAGAAGGACAUUGAUGAAGUGGUAGACUUCAUACACAGAGGCCUUCAGUUGUCAAAAGAGGUGACAAAAAUCUCAGGACCAAAACUGGUUGAUUUCAAGCGUGUCCUGAAAGAAGAUGAUACAAUCAUACAGAAGGUGAAUGAACUACGCGAAGAAGUCGAGGCUUUCUCACGGACAUUCCCUUUGCCAGGAUAUCCUGACUACUAAGAAGUAUAUCAUCACUGAGCUGAGCUGCUCACAGAUUGGGAAAACUAACAAUAUCCAUACAUCAGAGUUUAAACAUUCCUCUAGAUCAUCAGUGUUUCCAGUUGGAAACAAGUGUUGGUCCAGCUACUAUAUUUUGUGCAUCAUCAACUUUUGAUAUUUUAAAAUAUAUUUUUUUAUUUGCUCUUUGACUUGUAGCCACAUGUACCAUGUAGUGUUAAUGAGAAAUAAUACAUGUGCUGAAAAUUAUUUUAUUCAGACACGACACGUUGAAAAUACGAAGGAUAUCCAGAAAGUCAAGAUACAAAGUCCAGAAAAUAUAUGUAAAGCAUUCUUUUUUAUUCACUUGUAGAAAUUUUACAACACACUUUUAUUUACUUUUCAACAUAGUCACCAUGGAUCACGAUGCACUUAGUGUUCCUGGGAAAGAGUUGUUAUUCCAGCAUCAUAGAAAUCUCCCACCUGCUCUCUUAGCCAUGGUGAACAGUUCUUGACACUUCUGGUCUUUGUUGAUGAAGUUCAUCGAUGGUUAGAAAUCUGUCAGCAUGAAUGUUUUCAUCGGUUUUUUGGAUGAUUUCAUUAGUGACAAUGGAUGGCCUUCAUUAUGAACAACAGUUCUUCCUGCUUCAAAUUCAUGACACCAUUUUGCUACGUUUUGCCUGUUCUUAACAUCUUCGCCAUAAACAGAAACAAGUUGGUGAUGAAUUUCAGCAGCGGUUUCUCCUUUCACAUGAAGAAAUCGAAUUACUGCACAAACUUCACAUUUGGCGGGAUUUUGAACCGACACGGCCAUUUUAAACACAUACUACAAGCACAACGUUGCCGUGUCUGUGGCCGGUGAACCCAGCCCUGUUAUACUGUUCUUAUUUCACAUGGCACACUGCCUUUUCUGAAAAAAAAAAAAAAUCCCUUGCAUUUUUACUGGACUUGUAUCUUUUCUUUCUGCAUAUCCCUCAUAUUUCUGCAGCGUAAAACUGAAAUGUCAUUUAAAUCUGAUUUAAGUUGAGAUUCUUGUAUGUUAUUCAUAUGUGAUAUUACUGAACUUAUUAGCAUACGUUUCAGUCUGUCUCUUCUUUUGACUGUACCAUUGUUGACAUUUAGAACAAAGAAAUCACAUUUUAUAUACAAAAAUAACUUAUUACUGUGCUUUAGGUAGGAACAGUGGAAGGCAAGCCUUAGCUCAGAUGUAUACUAGCUUCUAAUGUACAUUUGCAUGGAGUCUGUAUGCAAUUUAUGGUGGGCAGAAUGGGACUGGGGCAGUUCUGUCCUGGAAUAUUUUGGCUAUAUCUUGCUAAUCAUCAUUCUGCCGUUGCUGCGCAUGCAUCUGUUAUCAUGGGAUGAUAGAAUAAGCUGCUGAAAGACCAAGCAUUAUCAUACUCGUGAAAUGUUUCCUAGCCAAUCAUCCAUUUCGAGUCCAACCCAUGCAUGGUGUACAUAAAUGUCCAGCAUCCACUGCUGAGCAAUGUGAUCAGAGGAAUUAUUCUUAUCCAACUUUUGUUUCAUUUCUGCUCUUCUUGCUGCUGCUGCAUGCUGGUUUCUUGUUUGACUUACUCUUCAGCCCUGAAGAUGCAUGUGGUAUGUUCCUCUGAAACUUCCACAGACUUUCACUGGAUUGCACAGUGUUAAAUCCCAGAAGACAAAUGCUUCAGGAUAUUUUGAGUCUCACUGGCCUUCCAGGAUUGCCAGCAGUUAUUAGUUAUGAUUCCAUUACCUGAUGGCUAUUGUUGAAAAAAAAAAAGGUUUCAGGAAAAUUUUGUGAAAUAAUGUACAAAGUUAAUUUAAUUCUUUUAAUAUAACAGUUGCAUUACUUACAACAUUUAUAGUAACAUACUUAAAUUUAUUUAAAUUCACCCCAGCAACGGGCAUUCCAACCCAACUCACAAGACUUCAAUUGAGAACACUGAAAUUACAUGCGGUGCUACAUUUUUGAUUCCCAACUUGAAGGCGUAAGAUUUUGUGACCUGAACUUUUUGAUAUGCAAUACUGAAGAGCUAAUUGGAGCAAAUUUUAAGUGGGGGGUUACCUGGAUCUGACAGAGCCUUAGUGUUAAGUCUUUUAUACUCAUUUUCAUGUUCUCAUCCACCCCUGAGCUAAUUUUAUGUAAUGGGUUCGGUGCUGGAUAAGAACAUGUAGCUUCUGUAUUACUGUGGUUCUACAUAGUAAUGCAAAAUCCUGAUUUCUUCCCAUGAUGAAUGCUUUAUACAAAUAUUAUGUAGAAACAUAAUUUACCCGACACAAACGCCACUUCACAAGUAUAUUAUCAUAUGGUGUGGAACAUAUAUUCUCUCAAUACAAAUCACUAGCCUAAGGCAACUUUUAUGCUUCACUUUCGGUUUGAGAUACUCAUGAUGAUUUUGAUGAGUACUUUAUGUAAUUGUGGGUACUUUUUGGGGAAAUAUUUUUCACUCAGAAUAUUUUUAGCCUGCUUUCUUUAGAAAAAGAAAAUAAAAAGUAAGCUUAUGAGAUAACCCUGUUGUGUGUGUAUCCCCCUCAAUAAACUUUUGAUUACCUGAACCAA